AGUACUGGUAGAAAAUUUUGGAACACACAGUCUUUGUCUACGUAGCUCUUGCUGACCUUACGAUUUCUAUUGUGAUCAGCUAAUUCGCUUACUGUUUACGUUUUAAUUGCCUUACGUUUUUAUGUGUGCCCUAGGCUAUAGAGCAUGAACUGUGCCAUUCAUAUCUAAAUAGUAGUAGUCAAUAAAAAUGAGAGAAAGAGAGAGAGCGUAAAAACGGUCAAUCUUCAUUCUAACAUAUUGUGAUUGAUUGAAUAGAAAGAGAUAGAGAUUAUCCGUCGGGUCGGGCUGUUCUCUAUCUCUUUUUAUUAAUCAAUUUUACUCACGAAUGGCGUAGUCCAUGCUCUGUCUUCGGUAGAAACUAGACCUGUGAUAUACGCGUCUUUACUGGAAAGAUCUCCAUAUAAGAUCUCCAAUGAUGGUCGCGAAGACGGGAAACUGGAAAGAUAACACGGGCGAAAGCGAGGAACGAAAGAAGGGCUUGAUCACGCAAACGGCAAAGGAGAGGGAAAGCGAUCGGACUUGGGCCGGGCGUCGAUUAAACGGCAGAGGGGAUCUAUCGCGCACGCGCGCAAUACGAGUCGUGCCGCCAGUUGCACGAUCAAUUGCAUACAACACGUCGCGUCGACCGUCGUCGUUGCAGGCUCCUGUAACGCAGUUUACACGAGUCGCUCGACUAAAAAAAGUGCGUAUGCGCGUGCCGCUCGAGUCAGGCGAUGUGCUGUCUGUUGAGUUGUCGUGUGUUGCUCCGAUGAGUGAAUAAAGCAGAUUGGAAGCGCAGCAUCUACAGAUACAGCCAAUAUGGAUUCUCACGUUGGUCUCGACUACAUCGUAGAUAAUCCCGAGUAUUGCGUCAAGCUUGCCUCAGCGUUGGAGACAGCGUGCCCGUCCGUGAAGAAGCAAGUCGUGGAGCUGUUAUCUGCGCUGUGUGUUUAUAGCCAAGACGGCAGGCAGAGAGCUAUCGAUACUCUUCACACGUAUCAGGAGCGAAAGGGCGAGCGUUAUCGAUUGCGAGUCGUGGUCGACGAGUUGCAGAAAGCAACGUCCGAGGAUUACCAGACGGCACUACUAGCGUUCAUAAAUUGUUUGGUCUUAUCGACGCCGGUGCUCAAGGACCGCAUACGUAUUCGCAACGAAUUCAUCGGUCUCAAGCUACUGCCGAUUCUGAACGAACUGCGGAAAAGUCAUGUGUCGAAUGUGAGAGUACAGCUGGAUGCCUUCGACUAUCAGCAAGAGGCCGAUGAGGAGCUCACGAAUCACGGACCGCCCGGGAUUGAUCUCUCCUCUCACGUAGACGUCUUUUACGCCAUCCUUGGUCAAGUCGCAGACACUCCACAAGAGAUACCCUUUUUGAGUGUCUUGCAGCAUCUGCUACGAUUAGAUCCGAAAGACGCCGCCAGUGAUCUGGCAUGGGACAUCGCAGAAACCUUAGUGCACCGAGCCACGUUAUUGGAGAGUCGCGAGGACGCCACCAAGUUAUUGAGGUCGCCUAGUCUUCAAGUAAAUAUGAAUCUAUGCUGUCACUGUCGCGGUCCCGAUCAGAUGUGCGGAACGUCGCGAAAAACAUCGCUGUCGACGAGUAACAAUUCAACAGCACCCUUACCACCACCACCGCCACCCCCGAUCCCGAUGACACCAAGUCCAUCGAUUUUGCCAAGCGGUAGCAGUUUUGUUCUGCCGCCGCCACCUCCGCCGCUGCUUUUCGUGAAUGUCGCUACGUCUGAUGCAUCGAUGGAGACAAUGAUGCCGCCACCCCUACACGUGUCUCCCGUUACACGCGCACCUACUCCUGAGUUACCCAGUAAUCACGCCAGAUUGCUGCCGCAACAAGAAAUACCCAUCCCUAAAACGAAGAUGAAGACUAUUAACUGGAAUAAGAUACCUAAUCAUAAGGUGAUUGGCAAACGGAAUAUUUGGUCCCUCGUCGCGAACGACUAUCAAAAUUCUACGAUGUCAGAUCUAGACUGGGCUGAGAUGGAAGGUUUAUUCUGUCAACAAGUGCCACCAAUGGUACUACCAGCGAGUUAUUCGACUUCGUACGGCACCGGAGUCGAUAUUGAACGACGUCGUCGUGAACCGACCGAGAUCGCGUUACUCGACGGAAAGAGAAGCUUAAACGUUAGCAUUUUCCUGAAACAAUUUAGAAGUUCGAACGAAAAUAUAAUCCAACUGAUCAAGGAAGGAGGUCACGAUGAUAUCGGUGCAGAAAAGCUACGUGGUCUGUUAAAAAUAUUGCCGGAAGUAGAUGAACUUGAGAUGCUCAAGAGCUUCGACGGCGACAAAUCAAAACUUGGCAACGCUGAGAAGUUCUUUUUGCAGCUUAUUCAAGUGCCAAAUUAUAAAUUACGCAUUGAGUGUAUGCUGCUGAAGGAAGAAUUUGCUGCGAAUAUGAGCUAUUUGGAGCUAAGUAUCAACUCAAUGAUACUUGCCGGUGAGGAUCUCAUGACGAACAAGCUUCUGCAGGAGGUGCUGUACAUGGUUCUGGUCGCUGGUAACUUCCUCAACUCAGGCGGCUAUGCUGGCAAUGCGGCGGGUGUGAAGCUCUCCUCUUUGCAGAAGCUAACGGAAAUUCGUGCGAAUAAGCCAGGAAUGAAUCUGAUACACUAUGUAGCGUUGCAAGCCGAGAGAAAGCGAAAGAAUUUACUAAGCUUUGCGAAGAAUAUAACUGCCCUUGAAGCAGCGACAAAGACGACGAUUGAACAACUGACUAACGAAUUUAAUAGCUUGGAUACGAAGAUAAUAAAAAUCAAGAGUCAGAUCCAGUUCUCUUCGACCGAAAACGACAUACAGGAACAGAUGGCACAAUUUCUUCAAAUGGCCGAGCGAGAAAUGGCGCAGUUGAAGAGAGAUAUGGAGGAGCUCGAGGGUGUGAGACGAUCGCUCGUGGAAUUCUUCUGUGAGGACACGAACACAUUUAAAAUUGAAGAGUGCUUCAGGAUAUUCCAUCAGUUCUACCAGAAAUUCAACCAGGCGAUCACGGAGAAUGAAAGACGGCGUAUCCAAGAGGAACAGGUCCUGGCGCGUCGCAAACAGCGUGAAGAGCAAUUGCUGGCGAGAAAACGACUACGUAAGUUGAACAAUCAAGCAGAGAUGCCAGUCUCGGAAUCUGAAUCUAACUUGAUGGAUCAUGGGCUUUUCGAUCUCCACACCGGUUUACCUCAAAGAAAUUAUAGCCGCAGCGAGGCCAAGAUGAGAAGAAAUUGCGGUAUUACGGCGGUUGACGUCUCAGAUGAGGACGUCUCAGUCAUUGGAUCACCGAACAUUCGACGACGUUUAGGUUCAUGCCCUGGUGGUUCUGAUCAUCAGUCUAUCAAAGAAGACACGUACUCACCAGAUAUUACGCCUAAUGGCACGCUUCGUCGGCGCAGAAGUAGAAUACCCUGCGAGGAUGAUGACGGAAAUCUGAUGGAUUUCUUACGAACGUCUGGACAGGAUAAUACGCGAGAGAGAAAAUCAUGGGGGAGUUUAGAUCGAUCGUGGGCGCGAAGAGCUCGAGGGCAAUCGCGAAGAGGGGACCUGCUAAACGCCGAUUUUUCAGGAGAUCGGGAACGACCGAGCUCACCGGCUCCUCUUGCGGAAAGCAAACCAUUCUUGCAAGAGGAGGAAGCGAAGCCAAGUGGGAAAGCUUGGCGACAAAAAAUCGAGGAAUGGCUGUCGGAGAAUGAGAAAGAGGAUCGUGCGGGCGAACAACUUCAGAGAAGAACGAAACAAUUGCAUCAAGCAAACCGACGGUCCUUUGAAGACUCGGAAAGCGAAGGCAAGAGCUUCCUAAUGAACACUUCAGGGGAAGAUCAAAUAAUGCUCGAAGAAAGAAGUUCUUCCAAAGUGUACGACUGGCGACCAUCCGUCGAAAAAACAGACGUGAUGCGCACAAUGGAAGCAAUUGAAGAAGUUCAAAUAUCGUCCCAGGAUAAGUCUCCCUGGCGAAAGUCGAGCUUGAACUUAUCAAGUAGUACGGAAGAGACUGAUCCACGUUAUUCUUGUAAAAAUAGAUCAAGACCCAAUAUGGAAAAUGCACUCGUGCCGAGCACUCUACAGGCAAUUAGAGAAGAAGACAGGAAGAAGAGUAAGAUCAGUGACGUAAUAAAUUUAGAUAUCCAAGACGAAUUGACGAUCUAUCUUCGGCAACCAUACACAGGAACGCAAACGCCUGCAACCCGGCGAUUUUUCAAGCUUGGUAAAAAAUCCGCGGAUAAGGAACGAGUCAACGAUAAGAUUGAGAUUGAUUCUGAUAAUAUUGAGACGCCACCGGCAAUUAGACGCUUGUUCAGUCCUUCGAAGGAUGUAAAACCCGUGGAAAAGGAACCCUGCAAGAGAGAACGUUGCAGCAGCUCCCUCCAGGGUCGAGAAACAAAGACUGCGAUAUCGAAGUGGAUUGGCACGGAUCUCGGUACCGGCAACUUCGAUAGAUAUUCGGCGACGCGACGAACUCGCAGAUACAGGAAGACCCUAGAUCUCACGGGAAACAAAGAUAAAUCAAAUGUGUCGAGUCUCGAAAUGGUUUACGACGAGAAAUCGACGGUGCAGCAACCUAAUACCCUCGCCCGGGCAGAUGAAGAGAUUCUCCACGAGGACGCAGACGCCAUGUUGCGUAUCUGGCAAGAUAAAUUGAAGCGACGCGAUACGGCUUUAAUGGAGAUCGCGCGUUCUGACGAGGAUCUUCAGUGUCUAUCGCAUUCAGUGCCGACGACAGCAACAUCGACAAUGGGUCACAGAAAUUCGCGACUUCCUGUCAGUCAACCACUGCCAGUGUUAGCGGUGACUAACACCGUGUUGAGUCCGGUAAUGCAAGAAUCGCGAUCGCGCGAGCCUGUCACAGUGAUUACCGAGCGAGCAGUGACAAGCCGCGAACGUCAUCGGAGCAUGAUCGAUCCAAGUCAGGUGAAGGAAGCGGUUCGUUUGUCCAGCAAUCCACCUAGUCAAGUGAAUCAAAAUCAGGAAAUCAUCAAUGAUUUUUCGCGAAACGGAAACUCGUUGCGCGAUCGAAAGGACGAUAUGCUUGAGAUCGUAGAAGAAGAGAAGUGUGCGGAUCUGAAGUCCACUGGAGGCACGAGAGAAUUCGAGAAUGUCCGGACUGUGGACGAUCCGUGCGAUCAGACCGCGGUUCGACAGAACUCUGUAUUCCGCAACCGAUUCGUCCCUGAUGUGAGUGUGACAACAUCGCCGUUGUCUGGUAAAAGCAGGGAUCAGGAGUUAAAUGAUGAAGGCUUUGAAGAGACGCAAAGCCUCGUGUCGGAAACGUUAAGCCAGGAGACGUCUUCCGGCAAUUACGAGACGGACACGCAUGACUUGAUGCGAUGCUCACCAGCUGAACUGGGCGGCUAUGGCAGCGAAAAUCGUCGACGUAGCGUUAUCACGGUGGUGGACGACGACAAUCUAGACGGCCGGAAAUCAUCCAUCGACAAAUUGCUGAUGCCGGCUUCCAGUAAGACGUUCAACGAGAAAACGAUCGCGAGGAACGCAUCGGAAAAAUCCAACUUCUUGCCAAAACGCACCGCAAGUGCGAAGCACGAAUCCUCUGCCUUGAGAAAAAUCGAGUCUCUGAAAAGAACCCAAAAGAAUGUGGUACCGUUGAACGAUACAGGAGUUUCAAAAGGUGAAGUGCAACGUUCCAGUUCGAGAAGUAGCCUGCGCAGUUCGCGGAGCUCGCUAAACAGCGCAACAUCCGUGAAUACGGUGAGGAAUUUGGCCGCGAAUCACGUGCAUUUGCAGAACUAUACUUCGGCUAUUCGAGCGUUGACUAAUGAUCUGAGGAAGAACAGUCCGUUGAGCAGAUCGUUGCCGUCGAAGGACGCGGUCGAUAAGAGACGAUCAAGUCUUCGUCAGAUGAGCACCAGCAAGAUACCCGCCAGUAGAAGCAACAACAGCAGCAGCAACAUCGGACCGGCAAUAAAGAACGUCCAAAAAGAAUCUGAGGUGGUGCCUGGCAUGCCAAAAGUCACAAGGGGCCGGCCGAUCACCUCGCGUAACAGCAGUGGAAGCAGCGUAGGUCAGCAAUCAAUCUUAGGAAAUCGACUGCCUUCCGGUGAUAAGACAUACGCAACGAAGAGCAGAUUAAUGCAGCCACGAAUCGGCUUAAAGGGUCAUAGUUUUAUGAGGCCUACGGCCGCCAGUGUCAACAAAGGUUCUACAACAAACUUGCCGAAAAACAUCAAAGUUAUGGUCAAAGGAUAACUCAUUGAUAAAGAAAAGAAUUGCAUCCAUCGCUGAGAAUUUAAAAUCGAGAAGGAUUAUCUAGAUAUAUUUAACAAUUGUGUUAGGAUUACUAAACCAUUAGCGUUAUGAAGAUCAGCUGAAUAGAGUUUAAUGUUGAUACUAAACUAAGAACAGAUUUCGACAGACAGCUCGAGAUUGUUGAUAAUGUUAUCGUAAGAUAGACCUCGAAAGAUUAAACAAAAAUAUUGUUAUUCUCGCUUACUACAGUCUCAUAGUUAUUAAACCAAAAUAAAUAAGACUACUAUCAUUUAUAGGUAUACGCCAUUACCGCACCGAACAAUGCGUACUCGGAUAAGAAUAAAAUAAUCAAAUCUCUCUAUCUUUAUCGCGCGCGACACUCAUACAUAUAACCAAGGAAAAUGUCAUGAUCAUUAAGGGAGUUUUCCUUUUAGUAGAGAACAUAUUUAUAUGAAGUAAAUGAAACAUACUUGAUUAAUAAAUGUGUAACAUGUACUUAUAUAUGUGUAUACACACAUACGCGCGCGCGCGCGCGCGCACACACACGCACACACACACACACACACACACACCAUAUAUAUACUUUCUAUUACAAAGAUAAAUGUAUUAUUAUAGAAUAUAUGUCCGACAAAUAAAUUAACACAUUAUAUGACAAUGUAAUUUCUUUGAUGUAAAAAAGAACCAUGAAAUGUUAUAAACUUACGAUUAGAAUAAGAUGGCCAAGAGUACGCACUUUUUCUUUUAUGCUGUAUAAUUAAUACAAGAACCCGAGUUUGAACAGUAAAAUGCUGCUUAAGCUAUUCCUUAGAGUUUGAACUAAAAGUUUGUCAAGUAUCAAUUUGAUACAAACACUUAGUUUUAUAGGAGAUUAAUUUUAGUAAAAAAAUUAAAAUGCGGACUCUUGGGCAAAUGUCUUCU